ACGGUCUGAAUCCAACUCGGAAGUCUAACACGAUUCCAACCAGUUUUAGACCAAAACCAAGUGAACAGGUGGUGUGGACGAAAAUACAGAGUACACAGAUGUCGUCGUUGGCGUCGAUUGUUUGCAGCCUGUCAAAGUUGGAGCUGAAUUUACCUUCGGGCUACCACUUCCUCCCGACCGACCAUGAGCUCGUCGUCUACUACCUGCGCCCGAGGCUCGCCGACGCCAACCACCACCUGCCCCUGCCGAUCUUCGUUCACGAGCGUAUCCUCAAUUACCAUCCGGAUAUACUCAUAGAGAAGUACAGGAGCUACGGCGAGGGACGGUGGUUCUUCUUCACCGACAGGGAACGCAAGCACGUCGGCGGGAACCGGCCGAACCGCACCACGCCGGGCAAUGGCCACUGGAACGCGACGGGGAGCAUUAGGCCCAUCCGCUCUGCUGGCGGCGUCUUGGUUGGAUGCCGCAGGACGCUGGUGUUCUACGAGGCGUCGCGCAGCAGGAAGAAGAAGAACCAGGCCGCCGGCCUGCCGGCGACAGAGGAGGAGGGGGAGGAGGAGGAGGAGGAGGAGGAGAAGGGGGACGGCGGCCAGGCGGCGGCGAAGGCUACUAAAGACGGUGUCAAGACUGAGUGGACUAUGUACGAGUACGAGAGCCUCGCCUCUGAGGCGGAGUUCGAAGCCAUACGCAACGGCAAUGCCAGCAAGAUGGACGAGCUGGUCUUGUGCACGAUCCAGAAGAAGAAGCAUAGCCAGGAGGUUGGUCAGAGGAAGAAGAGCACCAAGAGGAAGACGAAAGAGCAAGGCCUGGAACAGGAAGCCGUGCCUGCCGCCGCCGCCGCCGGCGAUGUCGAGCAGGGCACAAAGAUGGCAGCGACUCUAGGAGGGGGCAGCAUCGUGGAACAUCACAUGCUGCAACAAAACGAGAUCGGCAACGUGAUGCCUGCUGCUGAAGCUCACACUUUCAGUGGUUUCUUUCCAAGCCUCUCCAACUCCAACUAUGGCCAUCUGAGCACCACAAUGGAUCACUCUGGGCCCUCAAGUGUUUCGUUCCCAUCGCAGCAAUCUCAUGGAGCGGGAAGCAGAACCGGCGUGCAAGGACCGCUUCUGAAUAAUCAAGUGAGCCUCAACCAUCAAGAUUCUGAUGCUGCUUCCACGGUAGAAUAUGACCAGAGGAAUGGUGUCGGUUUUACCCAAGAUCAUUUGAGAUAAAUGGAGAGGUUGAUCCAAAGGUUGAAUAGACCCAAGUAGAGAAGUAUCAUCAAUCCCAAUGGUUUUGUUUGUGUCUGGGUCGUUGCCAAAUGCCAAGUAUAGGUGUCAUAUAUAUAGGUUGCUUUUUUUGUGUGUGUCCAGAGUAGAGAUCAAACAUCGAUCGAUUUUAUAGAA